AUGAAGAGAGGCCUAUACGAGCCACUGUAUCCGAAAUCACUUGACAGUAUUGGCGCAGUGAAGGACGAACAGUACGGGCCGGCUGAGCGUAACCGACUGGACGUGUUCUUUCCUCGCGACGACAAAACCAAGGGAAAGCCAGUGGUACUCUUCGUACACGGGGGUGGAUUUUUGUCUGGAGACAAAGGGUGGAGUGAGAAGGUACUUUCUGCAACGACCAUACUAGCAUAUUUGGCUGAUUAUACCACGCAAGUUGAGCGAACGUGGGGUGGUCUUUUGCUCGGCGUGGAUUCGUCGCUGUGCUCGCAAACUAUCGACUAG